AUGUCUUCAUUAAAGAAAUUAUUAAAGUCUGCUAAGCUUUCCAUAGAACAGAAUGAUCCGGAAUCAGCAUUGGAGUAUGCAGACGAAGCCAUUGAAAUUGAUUCCAAUUGUUAUUUUGCUUAUUUAUUCAAGGGAAAAUCUUACCAAUUGUUACGAGAUGUUCCUCAGGCCAUAGCUCAAUUCAAACGAGCCACUGAGAUUGAACCAGAGAAUCUCCUUGCAUGGAAGGGAUAUUUUCAAACAGUCAGAGCAUCCAAUGACUACAGCUUGUUUUUCGACGUUCUUACCAAAUUAGUGAAAUUACAACGAGAUCAAGAAUUGCCACUAGCUGAAACUCUAAAAGACUUGCGCAAUUAUUUAGACUCAAACAAGUACAAGAGCAACGAUGUGUUGUAUGAAUUAUAUUUAAAAUCUAUUAUACCGGGUACUGAACUUGGUGAGUUGGUUGGAUCUGCUUUAGGUAGUGGUGAAUCAAAUAUUCAAAAAUUACUUGAUUUUAAAAAGACUCAACUUGAUAAACUAGUUCAAACAAGAAUACUGAAGGAAAGAGUCAAGUUUGGACGUAACUUAACUAUUGAUCAGAAACAAGCAUUAGAUGCAAUUGCAUGGGAAUAUUACAAGGAUGGACAGUUGAGCAAGCUUUAUGAGUCAUUCCUCAACAUUUCUAAUGAUGAUGAAUUGAGACAGAAAUAUGAAGAAGAUUUCUUGAAAUAUAGAUAUGAAUUGUUAAAGAUAUCCCCCAAUAAGACAGAAUUAUUCAAUGAAAUCAAACAAACUCUCGAGGAUAUGAUUCUUGUAAAUACAAAGAGUUUAUUUUGUUGGAAUUUAUACUUUGAUUGGUGUGAUACCAAGACCAUUUUCGAUUUAGAUGAAGAAAAAAUUAUUGCAUAUUUAAGAAUUUUUCAAAAUGAAGGGUUAGGUUUGAUUUUAUUUGCAUUUGUAAUGAGUGGAGUUUCCCCUUAUAAUAAAGAGAGAAUAGUUAAAGGAAUAUCAUACAAUGAAGACAACCAAAACAAGAAGAACAAGAAGAAGAAGAAGGAAAAAGUGCUUGAAGAGGAAGAUGCCAGUGCUUUAGGUCUUGAAGAGAACGAAGAAGAACAACCAGAAGACUUUUCUCAAUAUUAUCUUCCUCCUGACGAAAUACUAGGAUAUAUAUUAGAAGGAUACAGCAAGUCUAAAGAUUCAAUUCUUGCCAAUAGAAUAAUUGUCAAUUAUUACAUUCAUUUACGUGAAUAUGACAUGGCUUCAGAAAGAUGCCGAGAUGGUAUCAGAUUAUUGGCCGAUAUUCAAAGAACUUUUGGAAUAAACUUGUCAAACACUAAAGAAGAUUUCCUUUGUUCCUUAGCAAUUGUAUAUACUUAUUAUGAGGCUCCAAAGAAUUUCAGUCGAGCAUUGCAACUUUAUGACAAGAUUCUUGAAUCAAAUACCACCAAUAUUAAAGCCAAAGUCGGUAAAGGGUUAAUCUUUGCCGAACAAGGUGAUUUGGAACAAGCUAAAUUAAUAUUGGAAGAGGUAUUGCAAGAACAUCCAGAAAACUCCGAAGCAGAGUUAGAAUAUAAUUGGUGCUUAAUUAACUUAGGACAAUUUGAACAAGGUAAACAAGGAUUAGAAAAGUUUAUUAGUAAGGUUACUGGAACUGAUUUGUACAGUGGUGAAAUCCGUGCAAAGGCUAAUUGGAGAUUAGCUAAAGGAUACUUUAUGCAAGACGACACCAAUAAGGACAAUAUCAAACAAAGUUAUACUUAUUUGAUUCAAUCUUUAAAAGAUUCAGAAUCUUACGCACCAUCAUACACUUUAUUAGGUGUUUUGUUUCACGACUAUUAUGGUGAUUUAGAAAAAGCCCAAAAAUGUUUCUUUAAAGCAUUUGAUUUGGAUGUCAAUGAAAUAGUAGCUGCCAAGUAUUUGGUAGAACACGCAACCGCCAAGAAUGAAUGGGAUGUUGCCCAGGUCUUAGCCAAGAGAGUGGUCACUAAUGAAUCAUCAAGAAGAUUACUUUUAAGACCUUCAGAUGAUAAAGAUAACUCCUGGCCAUAUCGUGUUUUAGGAUGUGGUUCCCUUAAUGUCCAAGAUGAUGCCAAGGCAGUUGAAUAUUUCCAAAAUGCAUUACGUAUAAACUCAAAUGAUUAUGAAUGUUGGGUUGGUUUAGGUGAAGCUUAUUAUAAUUGUGGUAGAUAUGAUGCUGCUGCAAAAGUUUUCCAUCAUGCAAUUGCUAUGAAAGAAGAAGCUCCAUGGACCGUCAAGUAUUUAUUGGGAGUUGUUACUUGUGAAAUGAAAGAAUUUAACGAGGGAUUGACUUAUUUAUAUGAAGCAUUGGAAAGUCAACCUAAUGAGGAAUGCAUUAUAACUGCCAUUUAUGAAGCACAACUUGAAAAUACCCAUAAGUAUGUCCAUUCAGGAUUUUUUGGUAGAGCUGCUGAUUCAAGUUUAAAAGCAUUAGAAUUUAUCAAGGCUUCCAUUCUUUCCAAUUCAACUUCUCAAAAAGUUUGGAAGUCCCUUGGUGACUCUUUACAAGUCUUCUCAAAAGUCCAACUGAAUAUUGAUAAAGUUCCAUUUGAUGAUUUAAUUGCUAUAUUUAAACAUAUUGAAAUUGAUGAUAUUAUUCUUAGUGACAUUACCCUUGAUGAGUCAAUAUCAUUAGCCCAUGCCAUUGAAUUGUUUAAUCAAGACAAGAAAGUCCAAUCCUUGAAUAUCUUCAUUAUUCUUUGUGCUAUUGCGGGAGUCAAAUAUCUUCCCGUGAAAGUGAACAAAGCCCUACGUUCAACCGCAUUGUAUAAUUUAGGAUUGGCGUUAUUACAAACCUAUCAAAAUGGAGAGAAUGAAAAAUACCGAGAAAACUCAGUCACAUUAUUCAAGAAAGCAAUUCAAUUGGAAAAUCAUAAUCCUAGCUACUGGAUUGGUUUAGGUAAUGCGUACUUCUAUAAUAAUCCUCAAAUUUCCCAACAUUGUUAUAUUAAAGCAACAACUUUAGAAAUCAGAGAUGGGGGUAUUUGGAUUAAUUUAGCAAUAUUAUUUCUUAAAUACGGGGAUUUAGAAUUAUCGCAGCAGGCAUUCUUAAGAGCACAAUCUGUUGCUCCUCAAGAUUCACAAUCUUGGUUAGGUCAAGCAAUUGCAUUUGAGAUUUUAGGUGAUGAAACUAAAGCAUUUACUUACUAUACACAUGCAUUCACAUUAUCUAAGGGGAGAUUGGCUGUGGCCCAAUUCUUGUAUGGUUUAUCUGUGAUUAAUAAACGUGUUGGUGGAAACUUUGAUCCUCGUGAUAUUGAAACUGCUCAAGAAUUUGGUAUCAGUAAUCAAGCCAUGCAACAAUACCUCAAGUACAAACCAGAUGAUGAAGAUGCAUUGUCAGUCGCGUUGACUAUUGCCGAAAGAUGUAAAGAUUUUGAAAAUGCAAUUAAAUUGGGUAAUAAAUUGUGUGAGAUUUUAGAAAAGAAAUAUGAAGAGACUGAACAAGAAUCAGUGUUGGAAAAUUUCAGUUUAAUAAAAUCACAAGUUGCAAGAAUUUAUUUAGGAUUAGGCGAUUAUGAACUGGCUAUGGAAAAUGCCCAGAUGGCAUUGCAAUUAAUUGAAGGUGACGACUCACAUCCUGAAAUCACUUUAUCAUGCCAUAUAACUAUAGGUUUAAGUUAUUUCUUUACCAAUGAGUUUGAAUCUUCCAUACAAGAAUUAAAGUUAAUUCUUAGCCAGUAUAAUUCAUCCCAACGUAUUGUUACAUUAAUUGCCCAAAUUCUUUAUGCUCAUGGCACAGAAGAAUCCAAGCAAGCCUCCAUUGAUCAAUUAUUCGCCCAUAUUGAAGAGAAUGGUUCUUCUUUGCUUGUUGUAUUGACAUUGGGGGCAAUUUCUUUAGUUGAAAAUUACCAAGAGUACUUAGGAGCAAUCAAAGAAGAAUUACAAGGGUUGGAUUUGACUGAAUUGGUUAAUGAUACAUACAGAGAUGUCCCAAGGUUGCUUACCGAGAUCAAUAAUAGACUUGGUAGAGGUGAUGACAAAUCGGUCUGGCUCAAGUAUGCUUAUUUAUUCCCAUUUGAUUAUAAUGUAUGGAAACAUGUCAGUAAUGAAAUGGCCAAGGCUGUAAUUACAUUACAAGAUGUUAAAGUUAAUGGAUUACAAUAUUCAGAAACAUUAUUGAAAACUGGAGAUUUAAGAGACAUUCAACGUAGUUUGAUGUUGACUCCUGGUAACCAAGAAGCAAUUGAAGCAUUGAAGAAUUGCUUUUAG